GGUUACGAUGCCAUUUUCGCCGCCAAUUGUCGAAUGAAAAGUUUUAGUUCGACAACGCGAUCCGAACGAUUGGCGCCGAAUUAGCGAGCGCGAUCGACGAUUUGGAAAAUCAAUAUCCGGUGACUCGGUGAUUGAAUCCAUAAUUUUUUGCUCCGAUAACGACAACCAACGAAAAGAGUCCGCGGUCCCUCCGAGUGUAAAAAGUGUGGCUUUGUGUUCUGUAGUGUAACGACUUUGUAUCUCUCGUACAAUUGAACGAAGACGAAAAAAACGACGACGGCGACAUUUUAGGCGAUUAUCUCGAAGCUUAUUAACUUCGCAAAUUGAUGCGAACCGAAGUGCAUUUGAAGCAAGUCAAACUGAAGUGUACCACCAAAGGAAGUGAAUUUUCGAGUGGAUAAAUUGCGCAGUAGUUUUGUGAAUAGUGCGGCUCAGGACCUGUAAGUCAGACGGUAUAAAUAAACGUGUGUCACGCCGAGCGUGUUGCAGCUGCUCGAUUAUUACCGUCGUCGUUGUGGCCGACCGACGGUGAGUGAAUUUGGCUACGCCGCGACGGAUGCCCCGUGAAAUGCGAUUGGGUGAAUGUUUUCUGCUGGAAUUUACGUAUACCUCUGACUGUGACAUUUUACUUGGAGAACCGGGGCUGAAAACUACAUAUGUAUACAACAUCAUCUACCAUAGCUAUGCGGAAAAAUUGAUGAGAUUUGAGACAAUCAUUUGGAAGUUACAACGCCCUUAUCCAGGAAAUGUGAACAUAUAUUGUGAAAUUUGUCGCGCAGUACAAUCUCGAAAGAAAGGUUUUUUGAUCUGAUGUUUAAAUGCACAAUUAAUGAACAACGAAGAAUUUCUAGUGCUAACUAGUGUGUAACAAAAAAGAAGAUAUUUCAGUGGCUAGAGUAAAAUUGCGGUGAAGAUCCUCAUAUCGAAAAUGUAUGUGUCCUUAAUGUGAAAUCGAUGUCUUACAACCAGAGUGUGAUCUCGUUUUGAGAAACCUAGAAAUUAGUUAUAUGAAGAGCUCAAACAGGUGCAAUUAUUGUGCACGGGGGUGUUGUACGUAAAAACCUACUUCAGAGUUUACAAUCGUGAAACCUUGGAUUGAAGAGUUCGGAGAUCGGAAAAUCGUGAUAUGGAGAUCGUGUCAAUUAGUGGUCGUCAUUUUUUGGUUUUUAGUUUUGUUUAUUUUCGUUUCAAGAGCGCUGCUCUCGUAGACGGCCCGAAAAAUGCUCGCUAUGCGUCGCGAAAGUGAUCAAAUCUACAACGGCAGUACCAGUGCGAUCAAUCAUCUCCACCAUAGUAGUGGUGGUAAUAGUAGUAGUAGCUACGGCCAACACUCGAUUCCGUCCCACGCCGUCGGAAGUGCUGGUGGCCAUUCUACCAACAGUGCCAUUUCGGGUCAUUUGAACCAAGCCAUCAACACCAGUAGUAGUGCCAGUGUAACAAUAAGUAGUGCUCCGAGUGCCAUCAAUAGUGAAUCAAACGCGGUGAAUUCUAUCGGAACUAAUGGUGGUAGUUUAUCAACACCAUAUCACCACCAUCAAUACCACCAGCAACCGCAACAACACCAUCAAACAGCUCAACACCACCUUCAGCACCAUCCUGGUGUUGUGCACCAGUUUAACGGCCUAGGCGCCGGAACCGCCUACGGAAGUUACGGCAGCUACGGUGCGGGAAUAAACAACCGCUCCAUCGCCAGUGCCAGUCUCGACGAGUACGUCGACAUCCUGCAGGUCCAGCAGCUUUUGCUGGAAAAUUCAUCCAAUCCGUCAACAUCGGCUGCCCCAGCCGGCACCCCGCCUUCCACCAUUAGCGGCAACAAUCACGCCGGCCUCUCCUCCUCCUCUUCCUCGUCCGGUUCCACUUCCUGUUCCACUACCACCACCCCAUCCACAUCCAUUUCGGCCAUCAUCGGUGGCAGUUCCACUUCCACCACCCAUUCGUCAUCCACUUCCCUCUUCAACGGAUCGUCCAAAAACCGACCCAAAGUGAAUCUGCAGAAGGCUUCCGAGUACUCAGCGGCAACUGCAGCGAAUCAGCUUCAAGGCGAAUCACCGUCCAAGCGACUGCUUUUCGAUUAUCCGAGUCCAUAUUUGUAUGGUAAUUAUCAUCCGUCGCCGAGUGACGAUCUGGUCGCUUUAUGGUUUGGAAGUAACGGAACAGGUGGCGUUGCCCCUGGACCACCAGCAGCUGCCAUGAUCAUGGAAGGGCUUGAAACCUUGGUUGCGCCACCGCAUCACACAUUCCUCCUGACCGAAUCAGCGGCUGCGGCGCACUUCAACGUGCUCAGCUUCGACACCUGUGGGCUGUUCAAGACAGCGGCCACGACGACCUCGUUGGGCCUCAACAACAACAAUUCGACGACGCCCAACAACAAUCACCACCAUCUGUACCACCCAUAUCAUCACCAGACUCACACGGCCGCCACUCAUCACUCACAGACGGCCACUCAUCAUCACAGCCUCCACCACUCAUCAUCGGCUCAAACGUCCACCGCCUCCAGCGCGACUUCGACAGCAUCCUCCUCAACUUCCUCCUCCUCGUCCUCAAUCACCACCCAUACCACCUCCACCUCGUCAAUCACAAAUCCCAGCAAUUCCCAUCACCCACAUCUGAGCCUCCUGAGUACCACCUCCACCACCGGUCACCACUCAUCGGACUCGACCCUGCACCAGUCCUCGGAGGACCAGUCUCAAUCGCAAGGUGACACCCAAACCGGCGAUCUCAACACCCCCGUCACAACCUCCGGCGACAUCCCGUCCUUUUUCGGACCUUCGACCGUCGUCGAACCACCACCCAUCACAGGAUCGAUCGAGUCGGACGAUCUCUCGCUGGAACCGCAAACCGUGUCCAGCCCGUGUGCAAGCUUGUGCAGCCCCACAAAGCAGGAACGCAGCACACCGCAAUCUGUGGUCAUCGAAGAAGAGGCUAGCAACACCAGCAGUAACGCAAUGUAUCCCUCGUCUGCGUCACAUCACCCCGCGGUGACCCAGUCCUCGUCACAUCACAGCAACAGCGCCAGCCAAGAGAUGCAUCACGAUCAAUCAACCGAGCACGAAGACAGCAAGAUCUCCUAUCGGGGCAUCUUCACAACGACGGCUGGCCCCGGCAUGGGACUUCAAACGGCAACUGGAUCGCAACUCUCCAUCAUGUCCGGUCAAAUGUCUCCAACAUCUGGCCUGAGCGGAUGGGGCCUCCCAAGUCCAGACAAGAGCCUCUUUCAGCCACCCAUGUUCGGUCUUCUAGGACCUGGCCCACAAAGCUCAGCUCAAGCUCACUUUGCCGUAGCGCAACAAUCCGCUGCUCAAACUCCAUCCCCAGCCGGACAUCAUCAACAUCCCUCCCAUCACUACAGCACAGACGAACGAAGUCACCAAUCGGUAGAGCUCCUAGGCCUCAAUAUGGACUGUCCCAGUAUCAUUCUUAAGCAACCACCCAGCUAUGCCAGUUGCGUUUCUUCACUGGAUAUGCAACAGCAACAGCAGCAAGCCCAAGAGAUGCAUCAGUACUCCCGCAGCCAAGCACUCGGUAUGGGACAAACACCCAAAUACCAAUGGCUAGACUCGCCCGUAGAAUACGGCAGUCCCCAACACAACGUAGUCAUCCCCGGGCCUUCAUCGUCUUCCUCAACCGGCAUUAUCCCCAAGCAGGAACCAUUCAGCUCAUCCCAGCUGCCGGACGUAAGUCAGCUCAGUCAACUAACGCCUCAACAGCAAGCUCAGUACGCAGUGCAACUGGCCGAGUACAACCCGUCCACCAGCAAAGGUCACGAAAUUCUCAACCAAGUGUACCAGCAGUGUCCCAUGCCAUUGAAGCUAGUCCCCGUAAAACCCCGAAAAUACCCCAACCGCCCCAGCAAAACCCCCGUUCACGAGCGUCCAUACGCCUGCCCGGUGGAAAACUGUGAUCGACGGUUCUCUCGGUCGGACGAACUCACCAGACAUAUCAGAAUACACACCGGCCAGAAACCGUUCCAGUGCCGCAUCUGUAUGCGUUCCUUCAGCCGAUCGGAUCACCUAACAACGCACAUCCGGACACAUACCGGCGAGAAACCCUUCUCCUGCGACAUCUGCGGCCGCAAGUUUGCCCGGUCAGACGAGAAGAAACGUCACGCCAAGGUUCACCUGAAGCAGCGGAUAAAGAAGGAGAAGAACAGCCACGGCAGCAGCAGUAGCAGUAGUGCAAAUAACAAUAGCAGUAGCAGUAGUCAUCAUCAGCAUCAACAGCAGCAACAGCAGCAGCAGCAUCAUCACCUGUCGGCUGUUCAGCAGCAACACCACCACCACCAUCACCCGGCCAGUCUUCACCCGCACCAUCUUCUGCACGAAGACAUCAACGGUAUUCCCAUCGUGUCCUCCUCCAGUGCGACCAGCUUGUAGACCGAACUUUCGUCGAUAGACGUUAUGCGUUUGAAUGAUCCCCAGAUAGAGCUAGUUCACGACGAUCCAUUCAUGGGUUACAUCGAGUCGACUCCGGCGCAGACUGACGCCGGCACGGCGACCUCCAUACGCCGUCGUGCUCCCCUGGAUUCGAUUGCCGACGGCGACGACACUCCCCCCGCAGAGGACGACGAUGUCGACGAAGACGUCGACGUUGGCGACGAAUGCAGUCGACAUGCACCGGUGCCCGCAUCAGAUGGCGCCACCGCGACUAGCACCACAUCCACCACCACCACCACAGCCGCAGCAGCCGCCGAUCAGUCGAUAGUGAUUGUUCUCUUGGUCGAGUAAGUAGGGACGGGUGUAGUCGGUAUAACUUUAUCGUUUAGUACUAUUUCCGCGUCCACCGCCCUCCACAAAAGGUGCCAAAAUAGUUCCCAGUAACGUCAGUACCGAUCAAUGUAAACCGAACACACACACCCGCACAGAAAACGGUCACAGAUCGUCAGAAGGCACGUGCAAGCAGUAAUCAUCAUUAAUCAAUGCGCAAAAUGUCACUCGACGAGAGUGUAGUGCCAAUAGUGAAACCGAAAUCA